AUGCCCGCUCCAUUGCGAGGAGAGCCAGUCGCCAUCGGCAGGGGUCGUCGUGCUCUCGGGCUUGCGGUGGGAGCAGCCGAGGAGGCACAUGGAAAUGCCGAGUUUGGCGCAGGCGGGUUCGUCGCCGUCCCUACGACUUGUAGCAGGCGGUGGCUUGUCUCACCCGGGGAGCUUGCUGGGCUGGGGCUGGGCGAGGGCGCUGGACCUUGGCCUGACGAGCAGGGCAGCAACAAGAAGGUCGAGGCACCGCCGCACCAGCAGGGUCGAGCAGGGUUGGCGACGAGGAGACCGAAAAUGGCGAGGGCCACAUCCCUCCCUUGGCCGUGUUCGGCCGUGCUGGGGUUCUCGGGCGAGGGUCAUGUGGAGACUGGCUGGGUCCCAGAGUUACCCCCAAUCCCCACCACUGUCUCGGGGAAGAAGGCGGAGGGAGAAACAAAAUUGAUCCAUGCGGGCGGCCUCCGCCCAACCAACAUUCACGGCGCGGUUCUUGAUAUUACAGGUCUAGGCUUCGCCGGCUAUGUCUGCACGUUCUCGCGAGUGUGUGUGCCACCUGCAUCCAAGCGUGUGAACAUGUCAAGUCCCGAAUGCAACGCGCGCGCGCGCAAGGCGGACGCAGCUGUUGUCAACGAUGCCUGCUAUCAUCCGUCAUCUGAUCAUCGUAGCGACGUCGAGGUGGAGGAGAGACAAAGUCGGCUCAUACGACACGCGCAGGGCGGGCCCCGGCUCUCUAUCGCAAACCUCCUCCCCCCGCGCGCCGCGAGGUCCUUACAAAUUCGGUCUGAAUUUACCCGGCCGAGGUGGGAAGAACCAACCAGUAUUGGAGGCUCGUUCCAGGCCGACGACUGGAUGACAGGCCGGCCGGCGUUGGCAGUGUGCCUCUCGGCCGUGGCGGCUCUGAUUGGGCAGUGCCGGGCGACGACGCAGGGGGUUCCUGCCAGUGCAACCCUCCCAUUCGGCUGGCAGCACCUGCAGAGCGAGCUGCAGCUCUGCGGAGGUGGGGGAGAGAGGAAGGCAGAGGGCCCUCCGUCGCGUCCCUCGUUCUCGUUCGCGCAACUGCUAACCGUCCGCCCGACCUUCUCGCUCCGACCCUCGCUCGCUACGCUACAACGCCUUGGCCUGGACGGGCCACAGGCGCCAUCAGGUGACACCCGCGCUGCCCACGCCCGGCCGCCCCAGCCCAGGCAGGCGAAGGAAACCAUAAAAAGCCCCGUCGCCAAACCCCGCGCCCACACGUGCCACGACGGUGGCCCACCGCCGCCCAAGAACUGAUGUCGCGAUGGGGAGGAGCUUGGUUUCUCUCGGCUGCGACGUCUGGCCAACGGACAGCGUGAGCCUUGUUGAUAUUUGACGGUCGCCACGGUCCAGCAUCUACCUAGCAACCGGCGGUCUGUCUGGGCUGGGUGGUAUCCGGAUUCUCCUGCCUGGGUGGUAUCGGUGUCCAGCCUGGGUGCGGAGACGGCAUCUGGUUUUGUCCCUUCUCAGCCCUUCCCCCGACGUCGCAGGCUGGCCCUAACCACGCAAAGAGAAAGAGAAGAGAGAGGGAAAGAAAAAGAGGGGCGGUGUCAACUCUUCUUUUUGUCACGGAUUCACAACGUCUGUUUUCUGCACCCUAGUCGCCGCCAACAUUGGGACGGUUCAACGGGCGGUUGUUUAAACCCUGUGCCACACAAUCUCGAGUCUCGAACCACCCGGGCAGCCCAACCAACUCCUGAGCCGCUCCUGAUUGCCCUUCAGUUGCGUAUGGGGUCAGGUUGUUUCCCGCUGGUCGCGCGCGAGCCACAUGCUCGCCCCAACAAACCCAUGGCGUCCUGAUCUCCUGUCCUUUUCCCACUUGGCUUUGUUUGACGGGCCCAGCGAUCCACCGGAUUGUUUUGUAAUUCCUCUGCAACUCGCUGGCCUCGUCGCCGCCUUGGACGCAAUCACGUUGCUGGCGUCAGCGACAAGGAAAGAAAAAAAAGUUGUUUGCCCCGCAACCAAAACGUCAGGAGGCUGUCGAUCCAGGUUUUGCGAGUUUCCGACUCCAGCCCGCCUUGCCUACAACGGCGACACUAGCGAGGGUUCGACAUUCCAAAAACAAUGGAUGACGCGGCUGCUAAAACUGCCAAAACUGUAUGUUGGCUGACGGCUGGAACAGUGUGCCCCAUCCAUGCUGAAAACCACACCAUCAAAACGUAUGAAAAUGAAAAGAAGCACACGGGGGAAAAAAAGAAGAAGAAAAAAGAGGGCAGCCAGUGCCUGAUGCAACGUAGUCGACACACAGACGCCUGGGAACGUUUUUCUUUUUUUGGUCCACAUUGCAGCUCAAAAGCUGGCGGGCGGCAGAGAAGAACCGGCUGCGCUUUGAUGAUUCAGCCCAGUUCUGCUCGCAGCAGAGACCCCGGUUGGUCAAGGACACGACGCUCGGAUAGAAAUAGGUACACAAAAAUAUACACACAGGUCCGAAAAAGCCAACUAGAAGCGCCAUUUUCCA